UAGGAACUAAUAUUUGUAGUGAAAGUUUCCCGUCGAACACACUGACUGACGGCACAAGUACAGCAGGAGUACGCGCACCGUUCAUCCUAUAAGCCUGAAACAGCUGCUGGUGUGGUGAGUAAAUCCGGAGAUAAACCACCAACCAUGACGUCUCUGGGGAGCAGCAGUUCCUCGACCACAGAAUACACUGUACGAGUCCCCAAAAACACGAGCAAGAAGUACAAUAUAAUGGCUUUCAAUGCAGGGGACAGAGUCAGCUGUUCAACCUGGACACAGGCUCGUAUGGAAAGAGACAUGAGCGCUCGGCGGAUAUACGGGGAGGACGAGACGACGGAAGGUGCAGCCGGUAGUGAGUUUGGAAAAAAACAGCGCGAGGAGGCUCGACGGAAGAAGUUUGGCAUCGUGACCCGUGAGUUCAAAGUGGAGGACCAGCCCUGGAUUCUCAAGGUUAAUGGAAAAGCCGGCAAGAGGUUCAAAGGACUGAAGAAGGGUGGUGUUACAGAAAAUGCGUCCUACUACAUCUUCACUCAGUGUCCUGACGGAGCCUUCGAGGCCUUUCCUGUUCACGGCUGGUACAACUUUACACCACAGGCCAAGCACCGAACACUGACCGCUGAGGAAGCUGAGGAGGAAUGGGGCAGGAGGAACAAGGUGGUGAAUCACUUCAGCAUCAUGCUUCAGAGACGCCUUCGGGAGCAGGAGCAUGGUGAGGAUGUCGAAGACGAGGGAGAUAAAUCUGGGAAGAAGAAAAAGAAGGGUGGUAGGAGAGGGGGUGACCUGCGCAUUCAUGACCUGGAAGAUGAUCUGGAGAUGAGCAGCGACGACAGCGACAGCAGUAUGGAAGACAACGGAGAAAGCAAGACAAAGGCGAAGAAAGAUGCAGGGAAAGGAAAAGGAAAGAAAAAGAAGCGAAAGAGCAACAAUAAGGAGGCCCUGGAAGACAGCGAUGACGGAGACUACGAGGGUCUAGAAGUGGAUUACAUGUCCGAUGAAAGCAGCUCAGAGGAAGAGCCAGAAAAGGUGAAGCCCAACAAAGGAGGAGAGGAACACCCUAAAGGGAUCGAUGAGGCGUCUGAAAGCGAGGAAGAGAGCGAGGAGGAGAAACAGAACGAAGAGGAAACAAAAGAGGAGGAAGAGGAGGAGGAAGGAAAGAAAACUCCAGUUCAAAUGGAAAAGAAGAAGAAAAAAGACAGCAGCGGGGAAUCGGACAGCUCAGACGACAGCGACAUCGAGGGAGAGACGGCCUCGGCUUUGUUCAUGAAGAAGCGUACGCCUCCUAAACGAGCCGGUGGUCGUGGAUCAGCAGGAAGCUCCAGGACCGGCAGUCGACCUGGGACGCCGUCCAUAGACUCCGCCUCCACCUCCAACACGCUACGGGCUGCUGCCAGCAAGCUAGAGCAAGGUAAGAGACAGACUCAGGGUCCCGGCACCGACUCACCAGCUGCCAAAAGGCUGAAGAUGGAGCCCAGCAGCCAGAGCCCCGUUCCCUCUGGGAAGAGCACACCUCAACCCCCUUCAGGAAAAUCCACUCCGAGCUCAAGUGAUGUGCAGCUAACAGAGGAAGCGGUGCGGCGCUACCUGAUCCGCAAACCGAUGACCACCAAAGACCUGCUGAAGAAGUUCCAGACCAAGCGCACAGGUUUGAGCAGCGAGCAGACCGUCAAUGUGUUAGCUCAGAUCCUCAAACGCCUCAAUCCGGAGCGCAAAAACGUAAACGACAAAAUGCACUUCUACCUCACUGAGUAGCCGAGGGAGGAGAGGGAUGGAGUGGUGGGAGGUAGAGGGAAGGAGAAGGUCUGGAAACGAAGCUCAGCCCUCAGAAGACCGUUUGGGUCACAAUGUGUGCAGCAUGAAGGUGGAACUGUCUUCCCAGGUGGUUUUUGUGGAAAAGUAUUUUGUCAAUUUGUUUUUCAGUCUGAUAAUUUCCCAUAAAUCAACAGAAACCUCAGUGAGUGAAGAACAGCUCAGUUUCUGUGAGGUUCUCUACAUGUGUAAACUUAGAACUGGAUGAAAACAAAAGACUUUAAUUGUUUUUUUUUUUUAGGUAGAAACUUUUCUAAUAAAAUUGACUAAAACAA